GGGCUGUCGCCGAGCCAGAAGCCGCACGUGUGCGACCACUGCAGCGCGGCCUUCCGCAGCUCCUACCACCUGCGCCGGCACGUGCUCAUCCACACGGGCGAGCGGCCCUUCCAGUGCAGCCAGUGCAGCAUGGGCUUCAUCCAGAAGUACCUGCUGCAGCGCCACGAGAAGAUCCACAGCCGCGAGAAGCCCUUCGGCUGCGACCAGUGCAGCAUGAAGUUCAUCCAGAAGUACCACAUGGAGAGACACAAGAGGACGCACAGCGGAGAAAAGCCAUACAAGUGUGACACUUGCCAGCAGUAUUUUUCCAGGACCGACAGGCUGCUGAAACACAGGCGCACCUGUGGCGAAGCCAUAGCCAAGGGGGCCGCGAGCGCGGAGCCCGGCGCGUCCAACCACAGCAGCGCGGGGAACCUGGCCGCGCUGUCUCAGGGAAACAGCAGCUCUUCCAGGAGGAAAUCCAAGUCGAAAAGCGCGGCCGUGGAGAACAAGGAACACAAGGCUGGCAAGGCGGGCGAGUCGCCGCUUGCAAACAGCAUCAGCAUGCAGACCUACUCCGUGGAGAUGCCCGCUCUGUCUUCCGGCGGCCUCCUGGGCAGCGGGAUCGACGAGCUUCAGAAAAGGGUGCCAAAACUGAUCUUCAAGAAAGGGAGCAGGAAGAACACAGACAAGAGCUACCUUAACUUCGUGUCGCCGUUGCCGGACCUCGUCGGGCAGAAGCCUCUGUCCGGGAAGCCCGGCGGCUCCCUUGGCAUAGCGUCGAAUGCCAGCGCGGAGACCAUCGGCCUCCUCCAGGGCGCCGGUGGCAAGCAAGGCCCGAUGAACAGCAAUUACGACGACGCCAUGCAGUUUUCCAAGAAAAGGAGAUACCUGCCCACCGCCACCAGCAACAGUGCCUUCUCGAUCAACGUGGGACACAUGGUCUCCCAGCCGUCCGUCAUCCAGGCCGCGGGGGUCAGCGUUCUGGACAGCGACGCCCCGCUGUCGCUGAUUGACUCCUCGGCGCUGAACGCUGACAUCAAGUCUUGUCACGACAAGUCCGGCAUUCCUGACGAGGUCUUGCAGAGUAUUUUGGAUCAGUACUCCAACAAGUCGGAGAGCCAGAAGGAGGAUCCUUUCAACAUAACCGAGCCCCGAGUGGAUUUACACACCUCAGGAGAGCACUCGGAGUUGGUUCAAGAGGAGAACUUGAGCCCGGGCACCCAGACCCCGUCCAGCGACAAGGCGAGCAUGUUGCAAGAAUACUCCAAAUACCUCCAGCAGGCGUUUGAAAAAUCCACUAAUGCAGGUUUUACUCUUGGACACGGUUUCCAGUUUGUCAGUCUGUCCUCACCUCUCCACAACCACACUUUGUUCCCGGAAAAACAGAUUUACACUACAUCUCCUCUGGAGUGUGGUUUCGGCCAGUCUGUUACCUCAGUGUUGCCGUCUUCAUUGCCAAAGCCUCCCUUUGGGAUGUUGUUCGGGUCUCAGCCAGGUCUGUAUCUGUCUGCUCUGGAUGCCACCCAUCAGCAGUUGACGCCCUCCCAGGAGCUAGAUGACCUGAUCGAUUCCCAGAAGAAUUUAGAGACUUCCUCGGCCUUCCAGUCCUCAUCUCAGAAACUGACCAGCCAGAAGGAACAGCAGAAGAACUUAGAGUCCUCAACCAGCUUUCAGAUUCCGUCUCAGGAGUUAGCCAGCCAGAUAGAUCCUCAGAAAGACGUAGAGCCUAGAACAACGUACCAGAUUGAGAACUUUGCACAAGCGUUCGGUUCUCAGUUUAAGUCGGGCAGCAGGGUGCCAAUGACCUUUGUCAGUAACUCUAAUGGUGAAGUGGACCAUAGAGUCAGGACUUCAGUGUCAGAUUUCUCAGGGUACACAAACAUGAUGUCUGAUGUGAGUGAGCCAUGUAGUACAAGAGUCAAGACCCCCACCAGCCAGAGUUACAGGUAAGGGCCCCCGAGUGACCCAGGCUGGAGGUCUUCUGAUGUAGUUUUGUUUUGUUGUUGAGAACACUGCCAUUGGAAUGUUUGUACACGAUCCUGUUAAGAAUAAUGUAAUGCCUUUCAAUGCAACUUUUCAUAUUUAGUUUAUUUUGUUAGCGUGAUUUUAGCUCUGUUUCUAUUAUGAUUUUUAAUCAAAAAAAAUCAAUAGAUUAAAAAUAGUUUGACAUUCAAAGUGACAAUGUUUAGCAAUCAAAUUUACAUGUAUAGAUCGUCAGGGACUAGCCCAAACGUUUUAAAUGCAAAAAAAUAAAAUAAAAUUUUAAAAAAACCCUACAAAAAAACAAAACAAAACAAAAAACACAAAAAAACUUUGUUGCUAGGAUUAAGGUUAUUCUAAUUGCUUUACUCUCAGGAAAGUGUAACGACGCAUGGGAAUUCUGUACGCUGUCACCGAUGGAGUGUCCAUUUUACAGAUAGUACGGUAUACGGUUCACCAUUUGAGUAAGGGAUCGAAAACAUUUCAAAUUGCUCUGUCUGGGCUGAUAACGAUUUACUUACGUUUCACCGUUUGAGUAAGGGAUUGAAAGCAUUUCAAAUUGCUGUCUCCAUCUGGGCUGAUCCAAAAUUCUGAGAUGUUGGCUACCUGUAUGCUGUUGCAGCUUCUAAACGUACUCUGAACGUCCGGACCACGCUCAUUCCAGCCUGGUAGGACAGAUAUUCUUGGAUCUUUGCUCAAAGCCUGGAAUGAUAGCUUUACUAGAAGAAGGAGAAAGGAAAAAAGAAAAAAAAAAAAAGCCGCCCUCUCCUUACCCCAGUGUAGCAAGGCUGCAGUUCCACUGAGAGUCAGCUGACCUGGCGCAGGGUUGAAGCCCCGGGGGGCUCCAGGGUUAGAGCCCGAGUUGGAAUUGCAUAGCUCUCUGAAAUUUGGGGGGGUGGUGUUAUUAUACAUAGCCUGGAGACGAGGUCCUCUUGUUUAUGUUGUUACGUGGCACCCACACUUCUGGGUGUUUUUUUUGUUUGUUUUGUUUUUU